UCCGACUGAAAAUGGCUCGAUAUCGUUCUUAAGAGACAUGUUUGACAGAUUAUAGGCCAAUAAGUCAUUUACAACAGUUUAAAUACUGACAAUCAAUCCUGGAAGGGAUUUUUUGGCAGACGAACGCUUUUGGGUAUGACAGGCGCCGAGUGCACACUGGAAAUCCCUUUUACGCACGGUUUUGUGCCAAAUAAAGAAUCGCGGCUACUAAAGGGACAGCUGUGGGCCUACACUGAGAAACUUGAGACAGCCGCGGCUGAAAGGCCCAAUCCAAGAAUUCCCACACACCCCUAAGCGGUUCAGCAGACCACCACCACACAGCAAACGGUAAAGCAGGAGAAGACAGAAGACGAAGGACAGGGAUGUAAUCUCACCAUGGUGACAUCUACAAAAGUAGACUCGCUGGUAACACUGCUUUGUGUGACCUUUGUUUUUAUGACAGAGGCACAAUUUGAAAACUACAAUUUCAGAAAGUUUUCCAGAGAGGACCUCAUGUCUCUCACCGCUGCGUACGGGAAGGCGCUGGAUUAUUACGCAGCGGGAAACUGGACGGAAUCGAUCCAGUACUUGGAAUUAAGCCUGCGUUUGCACCGGCUUCUGAAGGACAGCGUGAGACACUGCGCGAGCCACUGUAACACGAGCAAGCAUGACGACGAGUCUUUUGCUGGAUACCCGGAUCUCCGCGUCUACUGGAACUUUAUGAUGAAGGCGACCUGUCAGAAGAAGUGCAGGGCGCUUUUCCCCGCGUUCCAGCUGCCUCCUCCCGGCCGAGAGAUCCUGGAGGAUUUCAGCAGAAGAUCUCCCUACAGAUACCUGCACUUUGCUCACUCACAGCUGAAUGACCUGCAGAGGGCGGUACCAUGCGCCCACACCUUCCUCCAGAGGAACCCUGAGGACCAGCAAAUGCAGCAGCUGAUGGAGGAAUACAAGAGCAAGUAUGACCUGAGCGGCUACCUCAUCGACCACGAAGAACGACCCUACGAGACGUCGUUUCUGAGAGGAGUGAAACUUGUGGGUUUGGGCGACUACAGCAGCAGUGUUCAAGAGUUGGAGGAAGCUCUGUGGCUCUACUUCCAGGAAUAUGACCUGUGUCAGGCCGAAUGUGAAGGGAUCACUCAACUCUUACCAGACAGAGACUUCUAUGCAGUCAUAGCAGAUGCCUACAUUGACACAUUAAGGUGCAAACUGAGGUGUGAAGAAAACCUGACACCGAAUAUUGGGGGUUAUUUUGUAGUGAAAUUUGUGCCCACUGUUUACCACUACCUCCAGUAUGCCUAUUAUAAGUUGAACGAUGGCCGCAGUGCCGUGCCCUGUGCGUACAGCUACUUCCUGUUCGAGCCCGAGGACCCAGUCAUGAAGCAGAACCUGCUAUAUUAUAAAGCCUACAGUCAACAGUGGGGGCUUCAGUCCAACCACUUUACCCCCAGGAUGGAAGCUUUCAAACACUUCAACCAGACAAUAAUGCAAAAAAAGAUGUUGGCAUUUGCAGAAACAUACUUAGGUCUGUCUGAUGAGGACUUUCUAGGAUCAGAGGAGGCUGCACGCUCGGCCCCAGACUCUCCUGAUGCUGAGUUUGAAGGUAUUGGAGAUUAUGAGGAGUCAAUUUACGCAAACUGGAAGCAACUGAAGGGCAAAGGGGAUGCUGGCGAGUCAGACAUCUGAAGAUUUUCUGGAGUUUACAGAGAAUAGUCUGAACAAGAAAAAAGGAAAUCCAGAGAGAGGUCGUUUUCUGGUCAUUCUGCUCUGGCCUCAGGCAUGAACAAGGUCUUAGGACUAUAAAUAACCACUUGUUACAACCAAGGUAUGCAGAAGAGUGUCUCUGAAUGUGCAACACACUGCCACUCCUGUCAUCUAAGAACAGGAAACUGAGGCUACAGUUCACACAGGAUCACCAGAAUUGGACUACAGAAGCUAGACUGGAAAACUAUUGUAGUCUGAUGAUUCCCACAGUCCGGGUUCCUGCUGUGACAUUCAGACAGUGGGGUCAUAAUUUGUCAUGAACAACGUAAAAGCAUGGAGCCACAAAGAAUUAAGCAUAAGCAGUCCUGAAGGUAAAAAGAGACCCAACCCUGUGCUAGCAGUACCUAAUAAAGUGGCUGCUCACUGUAAUUAGACUUUAAAACUAGUAAUAUUGCAGGUGUCACAACAAGCCGUGUCAUUAUGAAUUAUGAACAUGAAACUGAAGUAGCAAGUUAGCCAGCGUUGCACAGAUCGCCAACCAAAUAUUUACAAAUGAUCAAAUACUUUCAAGCCAGAUUCAGUACAGUAUAAUACAGUAUAUUAAGCAAGUCAGUAACAUUGUAUUAAAAUUGUUUAGCUGUAAACGUAAUCUGCCAUUAAUGUAACACAAACAAUCAGAAACAAAAAAGUUUAAUUAUAUCUGGAUUUAUAGCAGCAGACACUCAUGCAGUGGAUCAGAGUCACUCGAGUACAGGUAGGUUUUAUUAUGGAUUGUAAUAUACAGUAAUACGAGUAUUUACACUGAAAGACAGGUUACCUAAAACUAGACAAUGUUGGCUUUUAAUAGUGAGUAGUGCCAAAGUCCUUUUAAUAAGUCAAACUACAGCGUGCGAUCACAGCUACAGUAAACAUGGUGUGACCUGAGCUUCCAGCACACUCUCAAGGACAGACUUGUCCUAGAGAUUUUUUCAUGUUUUUACAGUGUUUACGGGUGAAAGAGUCCAACUGUAAUUAAACAGAUAUGUUAACCCUUUAAAUGAAGCCUGUGGUGACAAAGAUUGAGCACAUGUGACGUUACAUACUGUUAAAAGUCUUUUUCUUGUCUACAAAACAAUUUAUACAACAAUUUAUUAAAGUUAUUUUCAGGAGGCAGGAACCUUCACUAGAGAUCCUUGUAUGAUGGACUUCAAUUCAACGUAUCAACACUCCUUUAACGCUCCUGUAGGUUGGCUGGCAGUGUAACUCGGAUAAUUUCUUCUGGCACCUGUGCCAACAACUCUUAAUGCUAUUAUUGAUAAAAUACAGCUUUGUGUGACAAUCACAGGAGUAUGAGCCUCUAAACCUGAUCGACACACUCUGAUGUCCAGAGAGGAUAAACGGAGAAUGCGAUGCACAUAAAAGCUGCAUUUUUAAAAACACUGGCAAGUCAAAUUUCUGAUACUCCAUUUUUUAAUCACUUAUAUACUGGUGAUUAUGUGGAUCUGUUCAGUCAGAAGUAUAGAACCUGUAACCAUUUAGAGAUAAAGCUUAAUCAGCCAACCCUCAGAAGCCAAAUUAAUAAUUCCUGUACAUUUCUGGACUUGAGGGAGAUCCUGCGAGAAAUCUGUGUUGUCUCGUUAUCAUUUUUCAGCGUGAAAAUCUAAUACCGGCAUGUAUAAAACACACGGCCAUAGCCUGAGUGACAGCCAGUGACAUUUCUGAGCAGAUUUCCCCUAACAUGCAAAGAUUUGCAUCUCUUCUCGCUGAUUACAUCAUCAAAAACAAGCAGUUUCAGGAGGGAAGAGUCUUCUCUCUUCAGGCUUGUGCUUCCAUUCAGAGCGGCAGUGAGUCACUGCUGUCUAAAGGGGUCGGUACAUUAUAUACAAACAGCACCCAUGUUCAGCAUACAUGUAUGCAUACAGUAUAGUUUGUAUGCAGAUUACAGGAUCAUACAGCGGGAUGAAACAUUGGGUGCAUACAUGUGCAGCUGGCCAUCCAACACCAUCCCUCGCAGGUUGGAACUACAUGUUCAUACAAUAGCAAUUAUUAUGUAAAAGCAUUGAUUUAGGAUUAGGAAAGCAGCAUAAGGGGAGAAAUUAUGGCUAUUACUCUGGAAUGUAAAGGUCUACAAAACAAAACCCUCAUCUAGACGACAAAAUGUCAGCAGCCUGAUGUUUUUACACUUCUAUUACAGCUAAAGUCACACUUCUGAGAGGAGGUGGUUGUGCUCUCCACGAGGUUAAAUAUGUAACUGUUCUCUAAUACAAGACUUCAUUAAACAAGUCAAGACUGA